CGUACAAAAUUCCAUGAAACCUCGUACCGCGCUAACCAUCAUCUCAGGGUUGGGUUUUCAACCCUCAAACCCUGCCUUGCCUUGCCUUGCCUUGCCGCACAGGUUGGGGUUGCAUUGUGAUCAUCGCACGUGACGUGGCAGUCCCCUAUUGGCACAUGUCACGUGACAAACCACCUUCCCGGUUGCCCCAAAACCCAAUCCACAUGACCCAACCUACACACACCAUACAUCAACAACACUCCCACCUUAAGUUCCCUGAACUAACGUUGUUCUUCUUCCAAUUCCAACACCAACAACAUUAGUAAGUAACAAAUUAACAACAACAACAAAGAGAGAUAGAAAGACAACGACAACAAUGAAUAACGGCGUUAGUCAAGAAUCGAGCGUGCUCCUCGAUUUGGCGUCCCACGUCAACCGCUUCGCUUUCGAUUCCUUCCGUUCCGACAACAACAAAACCCUUCUCUCCAAUUUCUUGCACUUCAACGGCAACACAAGAACCGGAGCAGCAGCAGCGAAACGCGGCGUUUCUCUGGGGGGGAAGGUUGGGGGAGCGAGUGUUAGGUUCGGGAACAUUCUCAACGACUUCAACAGAGCCGUUAGGUUUCAUUGCGAGAAGAUCCCGAUUGGGUUCGCCUCGCUUCGCGUCGGUGACGGUGGUGACGGUGCUGAUGGUAACGGGAACGGCGAGGGGAAUGGGGUUAGAGUGGAUGAGUGUGGCGGUGUGGAGAAUGAAGGGUUUAGAGGGAAUGGUGUGGAGGGUGAGAAACCUAAAAAAGUUUUGAUUUUGAUGAGUGACACUGGUGGGGGGCAUCGAGCUUCCGCUGAAGCUAUCAAAGCUGCUUUCUAUCAAGAAUUUGGAGAUGAUUAUCAGGUUUUCGUUACUGAUUUGUGGGCUGAUCACACGCCUUGGCCAUUCAACCAACUUCCCAGGAGCUAUAGUUUUCUGGUGAAACAUGGGCCGUUGUGGAAGAUGACCUACUAUGGAACUGCCCCACGUGUAGUGCAUCAGUCUAAUUUUGCUGCAACUGGAACUUUCAUAGCUCGCGAGGUUGCCAAAGGCCUAAUGAAAUAUCAGCCAGAUAUAAUAAUCAGUGUGCAUCCACUGAUGCAGCACGUUCCACUUCGAAUUUUAAGGUCAAAGGGUCUUUUAAAGAAGAUUGUUUUUACUACAGUUAUCACAGAUUUAAGCACAUGCCAUCCAACAUGGUUAGUUUUUUUUUUUUUUUUUUUAAUUUCCUUUUCGAAAAUCAUACAAUUGUCUUAUUUUGACAUCUUAUUUCUUGUUUUCUGUAGGUUUCAUAAGCUUGUAACUAGAUGCUAUUGUCCUACAACAGAUGUUGCGCAAAGGGCAUUGAAAGCUGGACUGCAGCAAUCUCAAAUAAAGAUUUUUGGUCUACCUGUCCGACCUUCCUUUGUUAAGCCUGUCCAGCCAAAGGAUGAACUAAGGAGAGAAUUAGGAAUGGAUGAGGAUCUUCCUGCUGUAUUAUUGAUGGGGGGAGGUGAAGGUAUGGGGCCCAUUGAGGCUACUGCUCGGGCACUUGGAGAUUCAUUAUAUGACGAGAAUAUUGGGGCUCCCGUAGGUCAGAUCCUUGUGAUCUGUGGUCGUAAUAAGAAACUUGCUAAUAAACUGAGUUCUAUUAAUUGGAAGGUUCCUGUGCAGGUCAAAGGAUUUGUUACCAAAAUGGAGGAAUGCAUGGGAGCUUGUGAUUGCAUAAUUACGAAGGCGGGCCCAGGGACAAUAGCAGAGGCCCAGAUCCGAGGCCUCCCUAUUAUUCUGAAUGAUUACAUUGCUGGGCAGGAAGCUGGCAAUGUCCCCUAUGUAGUUGAAAAUGGAUGUGGGAAGUUCUCAAAAUCCCCCAAGGAUAUAGCAAAAAUUGUUGCCGAGUGGUUUGGUCCAAAAGCUUACGAGCUACAACAAAUGUCACAAAAUGCAUUGAGGCUAGCAAGGCCAGAUGCUGUGUUCAAGAUUGUUCAUGACCUUCACGAGCUUGUUAGGCAAAGAAGCUACCUACCAGAGUAUUCAUGUACAGCUUAACUGACACAGACUGAGGGUAUUUUUUGCAACACUAUUUCUGAGAAAAAUGUACAAGGAAGCGAUGAUGUAUCACUAGCAAAAAUUCUUGUAUUUUCAUCCAUCAUUAUUUUUCAGAUGCUCAUUUGAAAAUUUUAAAUAGAUAUAGUUUUGAAUGUUUCUUGAUUAUCACUUGUGUUCAUGUUAGAGAAACAUCUUUAUUUUAGUAACAUUACUAUGAAAUACUGAACAGAAACUUGCAUGCA